ACCACAAAUUUUCCUCUCAUUCUUUGAACAUGGAGUCCCUAGCUAUGAGAAAAUAUUUGCUAACAGUUGUUCUCGUCGGAAUUCUAGCAGCUGCUGCCAUGCCCCAAAAUGUGUUGGCUCAAAACUGUGGUUGUGCACCAAACUUGUGCUGCAGCCAACAUGGUUAUUGCGGUCUUGGCAACGACUAUUGUGGCACGGGAUGCGAAGAGGGCCCUUGUUUCUCUAAAUCUCCUAGCGGCGCUUCUGUUGCCAGCAUCGUGUCACCUGAAUUCUUUAACGGGAUAAUUAAUCAAGCCCGUUCAGAUUGUGUAGGGAAGAGAUUCUACACGAGACAAGCUUUUCUGACAGCAGUCGAUUCGUUUCGUGAUUUUGGAAAAUUAGGUUCUGAUGUUGAUUCCAAGCGCGAGAUUGCUGCCUUUUUUGCACAUGCCACACAUGAGACUGAACACCUCUGCUACACAGAAGAGAUGGACAAGAGCAACAGCUACUGUGAAAAUAGUGCACAGUACCCAUGUGCCCCAGGGAAGUCCUACCAUGUGCCUUUGACAAGUUGA